AUGAACCGCGGCCAGAGACCAGCAGAGGAGCGCCAGUUCCCACAAACUGAAGGAUAUACAGUUGACUGCGGACUCUCAGAGACUCACUGUGAAGUUGUGGCCUCAGCUCUGAAGUCCGACGCCUCCCAUCUGAGAGAGCUGGACCUGAGUGACAACGAUCUGCAGGAUUCAGGAGUGAAGCUGCUGUGUUCUGGACUAAAGAGUCCAAACUGUAGACUGGAGAGGCUAAGACGCAGGUUGUCAGAGAUCAGCUGUGCUGCUCUGGCCUCAGCUCUGAAGUCCAACCCCUCCCAUCUGAGAGAGCUGAACCUGAGUGAGAACAAUCUGAAGGACUCAUUGGUGAAGCUGCUGAAACAUGUGUUAGGAUUUGGAGUUAAUCUUCUGGAAGUUCCAAGAACGAUUUCACCCGGGGGGAAAUUUCAGAAGUGA